GUAAAGUUCUCGCGUACCAUGCGCUUAAGAGAACAUUAAUAAAACAUUGGCAAUUCGUUAUUUCAAUACAAGUGACCUGGGAUGUCAUUAGCGACAAAUUUCGCAAUCCGUUCAUGAAUAUUAAUGAUUCAUCAAUUAUAACAACUUUCAAUGAACAAGUACUAUUUCUGAUGUAACACACAGUCGUUAAAUUUUUGUUGUACAUAUUAAAAAUUGGAUUGGUAAUAAUUUGACAAGAUAGUCUAUUUCUAAAUAAUACAUCAUGAACAAGACUGGACCACCACCACCUUAUGAACCUCCACCAUAUGCACCACCACCAUAUGCACCAAGUGGUGUACAAACAAUGGGGGGUGUUCUACCUGCCAGUCCUUUCACGCCUGCUGCAGCCUAUACGAGUGGACCGACUAUUGUAACAACUAUUGUUCCUCUUGGGCCAGGAUCAACGCACACAAUUUGUCCCCAAUGCCAUGCUGAAAUAGAUACUACGACGAAGACGGAACCUGGAAUAAUUGCAUAUAUAUCAGGAGUCGUGAUUGCUUUAAUGGGAUGCUGGCUGGGAUGUUGUCUUAUUCCAUGCUGUAUCGACGAUUGUAUGGACGUUCACCACACCUGCCCUAGCUGUAAAUCUUACUUAGGACGUUACAGGAGAUAAAGUAAUAUCGCAAUUAACACUAUUACCAUGAUAUAUUAACCCUUUGACUACGGCAGACUUUGGCACGCACUGGCCGUACGGUACGGUACGAAUUCAUUCGAGACGUCCACUGGGUACGGCGAAAUUUUUCGUUAGACAUGCAUUUCUGAGGAAGUAUAUUAAAAUAUUCAAAAUACUGAAAUUUAUUACAUUAAACGAAUAUUACUUGAAGUGAACAUUAAUUUUAAGCUUUUUUUAAAUAACUUUCUACAUUACUCUACAUUACCAUAAGACCAAUUAUAAAAUUUUAAAAUAGGCGGAACAAGCGAAAUUUGAUUUGGACGCCAAUUGGCGCCUACAGUACCGGAAAGCCAAUGUGUUUCGGACGCCAAUAGGCACCAACAGUAGUCAAAGGGUUAAUACAUGUUAUUAUCAAUGGCCACGAUAUUAGUAUAUCUAUUGCAUUUCGACAAAAUGUGUAAUGGGUGGUCUUCAAUUUUUUAUGAAUUGUGAAGUAUACAUUGUCAAUAUACAGGGUGUCCCAGAAAAAAUGUUAGAGCCGAAAAU